CCAGUGCCAGCUGACUGGUGACCUUGAUUGCUGAUUGACAUCACCUGUGAGUUGAACCGGAAGGAUUGGUGUAUAAAAAUAGCUCCUUGAAUUUUGCUUCUGGGUGAGCAACUCUGUCUGUCAACAGACAAACUGGUGGUAAAGCACAUCAUUUGAAAUGGCAUCAAAGAAAGUGUUGAUUGUGUAUGCUCACCAGAGCCUGGGCUCAUUCAAUGCAGCAGCCAAAGAUGCAGCUGUGGAGGUUUUAGCAGCUCAGGGCUGCACAGUAGAAGUAUCUGACCUGUAUGCUGCAAAGUUUAAAGCCUCUGCUACUGCUGAGGAUAUCAUGGGAGAAGUUAAGAACGCUGAUCACUUCUGUUACGCAGAGGAGACCAAACUGGCGUGGGAGGCUGGAAAACUGUCUGCUGACAUUGUUGAGGAACAGUGUAAACUUACCAAGGCAGACCUCAUCAUCUUUCAGUUCCCCAUGUACUGGUUUUCUGUUCCUGCCAUCCUGAAGGGCUGGAUUGACCGGGUGUUCACUCUAGGAUUUGCCUUUUCACAGGAGAAACGAUACAGCCAGGGUAUCUUCAAGGACAAGAAAGCCAUGCUGUCCUUCACCACUGGGUCUCAUGAGUCCAUGUUCACUGCAAAUGGCAUUAAUGGAGACAUGAAUGUUACACUAUGGCCACUGCAGAAUGGCAUUCUGCACUACUGUGGCUUCCAAGUACUGGCCCCUCAGAUCUUCUGGGCUCCAUCUUACAUUUCCAAAGAGGCGCGCAGCAGCAUGCUGGAGAGCUGGCGUACACGACUACAAGGGCUCCUGGGAGAGGAACCACUUUCCUUCACUCCUUUGGAAUGCUUCGACGGGGAGAAGGGUUUCCAGCUGAAGCCUGAGGUCUGUGAGAAGCAUGCCACCAAAGAGUUUGGACUGACAGUGGGGAUCCACCUGGGCAAGCCCCUACCACCCAACAACCAGAUGAAAGCUGGAGUCUGAAGACGAGGGUGUCUCAGUGUCAGGACUGUAAUGCUGCAAUCAAUAAAAGCUGGCUAAAAUAUA